AUGUCGGAUCUUUCUCCAUCAUUCGUGACAUCCAUUGCGCAGGCUCUCAACUCGACCCACGUUCCCUGCGUCCUCUGGGGCCACUAUCUUCUCAAUGUCCACGGCGUACCAUCUAUCAUAGGCUCGAUUGACUUUGUCAUUCCGGACGGCUGUUUGCAGGCUGGCGUCAAGGCGCUCUCUCAGACCAGCAGAAUAACGCCAUGUCAACAUGGAGAAACCUGUCCCUCAGGCCCACAGGAGCGAUAUACGCCACCGCCCGCGUUCCACAUGCACGUCGAAGCCUCAGAAGUCGCAGUGGGGCUCUAUGUCCAAUCCGAGACGCUCUGGUUCCUGCCAGCACUGGACGAGUCUCUCCUAUGCCCGCAGAAACCCAAGCUUCCCCCGUAUCUUGUUCUCGCAUCUGACCAGACCGUUCUGCCGCCUUGGCGACCUGGCCGGGGAUCAGGCGUGUUCGAGCGGAUCGAGCAUCCAGUGGUUAUUCCCCAGUCUAUAGUCCUGUUGGAAGCAUUUCUGCGCCUGUACGCACGUGAUUCAGCGAAACGUAUAGGUAGCUUCGCAAUGCCCAUGAUUGGAUAUAUGGAGCAGUACGUCGACGACGAUGGAUUCCUGGAUGCGAAGCAGCUUCCCGAACCGCUCAGAACAUUCUACAUGGAGCUGCGAGAGGGAAAGAAGCCAGUUCGUCAAUGGACCAAGGAGUUGAAGAGGGCUCUUGGAAUGCCUGACGAGGAUCCUGAAGAUCAUCCCAAGUAG